CUUGAAACUGACAAUAUGAAGAACCUGGUUCUCAAGCUGCGAGCAUCAUCCAACAAUCUGCAAAAUUACAUCAGCAGCCGUAGGAAAAGUUCAAAUUAUGAUGGAAAUACCUCUCACAAGCCCCCGAAUGAAUUCCUUACUUCUGUGGUAGAGCUUAUUGGUGCUGCUAAAGCCCUCCUUGCAUGGUUGGACAGGGCUCCAUUUACAGGUAUUGCUGACUUUUCUUCAAUGAAGAACAGAAUCAUUCAGCUCUGCUUGGAUCUCACUACUACUGUUCAGAAGGACUGCACUGUAGCUGACAUGGAAGAUAAAGUUCAGACUGUAGCCAAGACUUUAAACGGUAUUUGUGAUAAAGCCAUCCGAUCAACUACAGAUCCAUUGAUGAGCCAGUGUGCAUGUCUGGAGGAGGUUCAUUUAACCAACAUUAAACCUGGGGAAGGCCUGGGAAUGUACAUCAAAUCAACUUAUGAUGGAUUACAUGUAAUCACUGGAACUACAGAAAAUUCCCCUGCGGAUCGAUCUCAGAAGAUUCAUGCUGGUGAUGAAGUGAUCCAGGUUAAUCGGCAAACCGUGGUGGGAUGGCAACUGAAAAACCUGGUGGCAAAGUUGCGAGAGAAUCCUGCUGGAGUUAGGCUGCUGCUGAAGAAACGUCCUACUGGCUCUUUCCAUUUCACUCCUGCUCCACUGAAGAACCUGCGCUGGAAACCACCCUUGGUGCAGACCAAUCCUCUGCCAAGUUCAGCCCAGUUACCAGAGAGCACCAUGGACACCUCACUGAAAAAAGAGAAGCCAGCCAUUCUGGAUCUGUACAUACCACCUCCACCAGCUGUUCCGUAUUCUCCUCGAGACGAAAAAGGGAGUUUUGUGUAUGGAGGAGGCAAACCGAGCCAGCUACUGCCUGGGUCCAAGGGUGCCGAGUCUCCCAAUUCUUUUCUGGAUCAGGAGAGUCGGAGGCGAAGGUUCACCAUUGCUGAUUCGGAUCAGUUACCUGGGUAUCCCAUAGAAGCAAAUAUCCUACCAGCCAGGAUGAGGGAAAAAACACAGUCUUACGGAAAACCUCGUCCUUUGUCAAUGCCUGCUGAUGGGAGCUGGAUUGGAGUUGCAGAACCUUUCUCUAGGCCACGAGCAUCAGGGAGAAAAGGCAAGAUUUUAGGUGAUGAUGUCCUCUGCAGGUACUUCAGUAAUGAAAGGAUACCACCAAUCAUUGAAGAAAGUCCCUCCACAAAGCACCCUUUGUCCAGGCCAGUGUCUGACAAGCAGUUAGUGAGAGGAACGGAUUAUGUUCGAGGCAGCAGGUGUUUUAUGAAUACAGACAUUCACAACAGUGCAACAAUUCCUUUUCAAGAGGAAGGUGCUAAAAAAUCCUCUGUUACGUCGUCCACAAAAUCUUCCUCCACAGAGCCCUCGCUGUUGGUCAGCUGGAUCACAAGACUGAAAUUGUUGACUCAUUGA